AUGUCUGGCCGGGAGGGCAGCAAGAAGGAGCCCCUGAGACAGCCCAAGAGGCAGGCCAAGGAGAUGGGUGAGGAGGAUCAGGCUUUCAAGCCAAAACAAAGGGAGGAGCAGAAGAAACUGGGAAAGCUGAAAGCUAAGGCCAUUGGGAGAGGCCCCUUGGCCACAGGUGGAAUUAAGAAAUCUGGCAAAAAGCAAGCUGCUCCUGGUGCCUGCAGAGAUGAUGCCUUUGACUCAGUUCCUAUUCAAACAUCUGGACACCUAGCUACGGCAUCUUUUGCCACCUAG